UACAUCAUUCGAAUACAAUAUAUCGAAUUCCAAAGAUUUUGUAGACUUCGUCAAGGAAAUUAGAGUACCUAAGGAAAGUGAAUGGGUGUCACUCGACGUUAUAUCGUUAUAUACUAAUAUUCCUAAAGCCCUAGUUUUACACAUUAUAAAGAAACGAUGGCAGUAUAUAUCUGCAUAUACAACAAUUCCACAAAAUUUAUUUUGCAAAAUGGUUGAGUACAUUUUUGACUCUAGUUACUUCUCCUUUAACGGUGUAAUAUAUGUGCAGAUUGAUGGCGCAGCCAUGGGAAAUCCUGCUAGCGGCACACUAGCCGCCUUGGUUAUGGAUGAAGUAAUAACGAUAAGCUUAAGAACGCUGACCUUUGAUGUCCACUUCAUCAAAUUAUAUGUAGAUGACACUAUUUUCUCAAUACCGAAAGGGAAAUCUGACGAAUUACUCCUCAAGUUCAAUAACGUUCAUCAUAAAUUGCAAUUCACCAUUGAACGGGAGUCCGAGGCAACAAUACCAUUUUUGGAUAUACUGUUGAUUCGGAACGAAGAUGGAACUAUAAGCACCAAUUGGUAUACCAAACCCACCUCGUCUGGUAGAAUGUUGAACUACCGAUCACAACACCCCACAUCCCAAAAGAUAGCAACGAUAACAAACUUAAUGUUCCGUGCUAUUCACUUGAGUGAUGAAAGAUUUCACAGAGAAAAUGAACUAAAAAUAACUGAAUUACUAACAAAAAAUAAUUACCCAACAACCUUGGUCAAACGUGUUCUCAAUCAAUAUAAAAGAAAAGUGCUCACUGACAGUGCAGGCUCGAGAGGUGAUGAACGAACCAGAUAUUACCGUUUUCCUUAUAUACAGGGUUUAUCUGAAAACAUGAGUAGAGCAUUACAACAAACUAACCCUUCUACAAGACUGGCCUUCUAUCCACUGAAAUGCGUCAGUUCCCUCUUCUCGAAAAUCAAAGACAAAACUCCAGAUGAUUUACAGUCGGAAUUAAUAUACAAAAUCCCUUGUAAAGACUGCAGCAGAUGCUACAUAGGUAUGACCAAACAGUAUCUUAAAAAUAGAGUCUACCAGCACAGAUAUGAUUGUAGAACCAUUAAUAAAGAUAAAAAUGAAAAAACCGCUCUAGCUGCCCAUCACUUCAACGAAGACCACAAUUUCGAUUUCGAGAACGUCACCAUCUUGGAAAAGGAAAAAAAUUAUAAAAGGAGAUGUAUCGGUGAGAUGGUUCAUAUUUCUUUGAACGAGACGGUGAAUUUGAGGACUGACGUACAGAAUUUGAGCACAAUAUAUCACAAUAUUUUAGAGAGGUAUAAACGGAUGAUUCGUUCUUGAAGAAUUUCAGGAACAUACCUGCUACUGUGAUAUUAGAUUACCAUAUGACGCUCGAUGCUCUGUAUACGUCAGAUAAUACGGAGUCUGGUUCAGUUGUUUAUUGUAGGAAACGAAAGAUUUUAAAUAAUUUUUAUCUAUUGACAAGUGGACCUUUAUAUUGAGUUUUUAAAAGAAUUGACGACACAGUUUCAUGUCCACCUCAGAAUAUUAUGAGGGAUAAUCCAUAUGAAUAGCCUUGAAAAAGACCAGAAAUAAAGGUCGAAACGUCGGCAUCUCAUUAAGGAUUUUUAUUUUCCCCUGUCCUCUUUGCCACUACAUGG